GAUUACGCCGUACCGAUCGAUAAGUAAGUUACAUCCUACCCAACCUGUAUAUUACCAUCUACUUUGUUCAUUUAGUCAAUUAUAACAGUAACAGAACUAGGCGAAUAAAAGUUUGAGAAUAUCGUUGACAGUUUGUGUUAUUAUGGAAUUAGUAAGACUCUGUAUAGUUGUCGGAUGUUUUGUAACGUAUGCGUUUGGACAAGAUGAUUCAGAAGAAGUUAGGAAUGAUUUCGUGUCGAGACCAAAGUUACAGUUUUGUCCUAGAAAUGCUACAUGUGGUGAUAUAUUUUUCCAAAGACGAUUGCUAAAAGACGGUACAAGACGACCAGAAAACCGCCAUAUAACAAACUGUAUAUGUCCAGGAACUGAUGGCUGUAAUUUUGAUGACGAUCACACCAUCUUUCAAAGUACAACACACAGAGAAGCUCUUUGUGCACCAGUGAGCACAUACAACCCCUGCAGACCAGGACAAACAGCCCGACAAUUACGUAUGAACUCUGACAAUUUAGAUGGACAGUCAUACUUUGAGAUCCUGUGUACAUGUCCUAGACAUUUCAACCCGGUAGAAGGAAGGGGAAGAAAAGGAAAAUCAACAUAUGAAACAUAUCCAACACGAUUCGAUUCUUCAGAUUAUGCCCAAGUUCGACCAUACAGAUGUUCAGGACGAAGACCAGGCAGAAGAAACAGACAACGUAACAAUCGAAGACAGCGUAAUCGAAAUAGAAAUAGACAACAUAGACGUUCGCGAUCAUAAAUUUUCAAUGCAUACAUUUAUAUCAUUUGAUUCUAAUUAGUUUAUUCAUUUUUUAUUUUAUGCAUCUGAAUCGAUCUAAACAGUCAUAUAUAUUUCAGUCAAAUGAAUGACAGAAUAACGAGAAAUUUGCUAUAACUCUUGAUUUGCUUAUCCAGUAGAACUUUUCUUUCCUGUUUGAAAUCAAAGUCAAAUCCCAUUUCAUACUUUUCAAUGAUAUGGGGAAACUUUAUAAACAUGCAAAGAAGGCAACUGUAGAAAUAGCUAUUAAAAAACGGCUCAUGUUUUGGUAUGAAAUUCUCUGAAAAAGAUAUUUAUGCCAUAAUGUUAUGACUUCCGUGUGCCAAACGAUUGUUUCCGAUGAAACCUUCAUCCUAAACCCUCGAGAAAAAAUUUUUAUAAAACGUUAAAGAGCGUUAAAACGUAAGGAAAAAAGAUCGCCCAAAACCGUCUAAGGUCAACUUUGCAUGACUGAGCUGCGAUCUUAGUUUAAACACAAUUACAUUAUCAUAUGAAAACUUACAAAAAAAUCAGACAUAAUUAAUGUAUCAUGUAAACCAUGAAAAUACCAACGCGCUGGCUUCUGGACGAAUGGUAUUCAUGUGACUAGUAGCCCCCUGACAGGUACUGAAAAAACGCAUGAUAUUAAUUGCGUGUGCACAGUUCAUCUUUCUAGAAUAAUAUUUUGAAAUGUGCAAAUGGUUUUUUUUUUUACAAUUUACUUCUAUUGCCGCUAUGAUUUAAUCCUUAAUGGAAUACAUUCAACAAUUUAAUACCUAUGUCACUCCUAGUUAAAUAUUAUAUUUAAUACACAUUUUGCAAAUUUUUUAAUUCUGAAUUUGUUGAAUUAAGCUGUAAAAGCUCUGGACAACCUUUCAAUAAUAGGAAAUUGAAAAUGAAACACACAUUCCCCAAGUACUAUAUGUAAUUCUACUCUUGUAGUCUUAUUUGGAUGUAAAAAACCUUAAUUGAAGUACAUUUCGUAUGAAGCACUACGUCUCAAAAUUUGCGGACGAUAAACGCUUUCACAGCCCUAUGAAGUUUUGAAAAAGGAGAAAUGAUUUCACUAACAUUACAUUUUAAUACCAAAUUAGUAAAUAACGAGUUAAAUUAAGUUUUUAAUUUUUGUUAAAUAGUCCUACGCAUUAUAGUAACUUUGUACUGUGUAGCGUGUGCAGUAACGAGUUCUCUGCUUAUUCACAUUUUUGUUUUCAUUUACAUUUCAUCUUGUGACAUACAUAAUUGCUGUUGAAAUGGUAAAAAUGUUUCUUUGUAACUACCUAACGACUCAGAAUCUUCUUCUGGAAAAUAAAACUCAUACUCAAUGUU